AUGGAGACCAACAUAAGCAACGAAGCCAGUGGCAGCAGCGCCAGCGUCAAGGCUUUCGAUGGCGACCCCUUCGCGGUGUUCCCUGUCGAGAUCCACAAGGAGAUCCUGGAUGACCUCGAUCAUCGAGGCGACGUCCUAGCAAUCAGCCAGGCGUCUCCCGCGGUGAGACAAACCGCUCACGCCAGCGGCAACUUCACCAGACAGUUCCUUGAGACCGAGCUUGGCCCAGCGCAGUUGCGCAGGCUUCUCCACGACGCCCUUGCCGUCGUUAUGUUCCCAGUCAUCGCCUCGAUUACUGAUGACGCCGACAAGAAGGCAAAGAUCUCGAAGCAUCUCCAAAACUGGAAGUCUGGUGAGCUCUACCAACACGCUAACGACGUCGACAAGAUGGCGGCAUACACAUUCAUCGACCAGGUCGUGAUCCCCUUCGCCGAGGACUUCGCCGCCCUCACGAAGAAGCUCGGCAGAGCCACUAACCAGAUCCGUGUGCCCGAAUGGGCUCACGCUUCGCGAUGCGACCGCGCACCUUCUCGAGUCAAUAUGAUCAUCUGGCAAUACCAGCCCGAGGAGCGCGUCCGCCUAGUUCGAGCGUUCUGUCGCUUCGAGUUCCUCAGCAAGGUUGUCCAGGCUCGUCCCAGUGGCCAACUCUACACCCUCUCAGAGCAGCGCAAUCUCCUCGCCGAGUUUUUUGACGCUUGGGAGGUGGAGGAGAUCCUCUGCGUGCAGCUGUACAUUGGAGACAUGCACACCAUUCUCCUUGAGACUCACAUGACCGGCGUCAUUGAUACCAUGGCAGCUGACUCGUACGAUGCUCAUUGUGGUGUUUAUAACCCAGAGCGUCGGUUCAUCCGUCUGCGCCGCGGCCCGUUCGGGAACGGCGAGAGCGACGACGAUGAAGAGUCCGAGUACGAAUCUGACGGUAGCCCGUCUCUCACAGUCGGCUCCAUCGAGGACAGUGCCUCGAGCUCUCUCGCGCAGGGUGAAUCGGAGAAUGACUCUGAGGAUUCUCUUGAUUAUUAUGAUGACACGUCUGACGAUUCCGAGUAUGAUCUUGAUGAUAUCGAUGAGGGAGACUGGUUCACCAAGACCGACCAUGAGGCCAACCCCGGAACGCCCUGCGCCAAGUUCGAGCUCGCAGACCACGAGAAGCACACCGUCUUCAUCAAGCAGGUCGCCACCUUUGGCCUGAAGUUCCUCCAGCACUUUAUCAAGUCAGACAAGAAGGCGUACAGCCGCUGGAUCCGCGCCAACGGCCACAUCAUCCUCAACGGCAUGGCGAGCUUUGAGCAGGCAAAGUACUUUGGCCCCCUCGGCGAGCGGGACGCAUCCUGGAUGGCGCGUCUCUCCCUCGACCCCAUGCAGCUCGUCGGACUUUCACUCUUUAACAGCGCCAGCAGCGCGCCCCCCAGCAGUGCGACCGACAAUAGCCCGCCCGCCACCAACGCUGAUCUCAGCUACGGCCGCUUCCCCGGAAUCAACGAGGCCGCCUCCAACACGGCCUGGAAGCAGAUCUACGCCACGAUCCCGCAGGUGCGCGAGGCCCUCCGCCGGUGCGGAUGGGUGUUCUGGUCCGAAGCGCGCCUCCGCGCCAACGUCUUCGCCCUGGAGACCUUGCCCUUGUGGCUCUACCACCCGAUAAGGCCCUAUGUGAUAAACCCGACCUCUGAGAGCCAAUGGCCGGAGUCCUUACUGUUCCCUCAUUGGAGUGAUGGAAUCAUGAUGGACACGCUUGAUGGAGGGGGACUCUUGGCGCCCCUGCUUUGGUUCAGCAGCGCCGCGGAGAUGAAGCUGUUGGAGUUCCUCGCCCAGAACCGCGAACGGCGGGGAAAGAUUCUUUUCCGCGCCCAUCCGUUCGACUUCUUCCGAUACGAGGAGAUUCCGCUUGACGUCUGGCAGGAGUGUAUGGGCGACGAAGACCCUGCAGUUCCCGCUGGAACUGUCCAGGUGUUCCCUAACAUCUUUUGGGGCUAG